AUGAUUCCUCCAGACAAAAUUGUUAUUAACUUCCCUAAGCCAAAGGAUUCUGGGGUGGAGUCUUUACAAGUAGAUCCAUUUCCUAUUGUUGCUUCAGGCAAAUUAAGUCUGAUUCACAAAGCUUUCGAAGAAUCAACCACUACAGAGAUCACCAAUUUUAUUAAUGCAAGAGAUAAUGGAGGACGCACACUUUUACAUUACAGCUCAUAUUUGGAUCUUCAAAAUCUAUCUUUAUAUCUUUUGUCCUAUGGAGCUAACCCUUUCACUGUUGAUAAUGAUGGCCAGAACUGCUUUCAUUCAAUCGCAUAUAAAGGCAAUAUAAAUGUUGCCUUGCUUAUUUUGAACUAUAAGCGGCAUGAACUCAAGAAAACCCUUUUCGAAACACUGAUCCGAAUGAAAAACACUUUUGGGAUGAGCACUGUGAAUCUGCAAAACACAGUCAAUACAAUGCUAACUGCCAGUUAUGAAGCAGAUCUCAAAAUUCUAGAAAGCAAAACUUUUUUUAACGUGGAGCUCGAAAGACACCUUGCAGAAUAUUUUACAGGGAUUUGUGAUAUUUAUCGUUAUAUCUUAUCACAAUACGACACUAAUCAAAGAAACCCUCUUCAUUAUGCAGCACUUUCAAAAUUUUCGUGGUGCUCUAAGACUCUUGAAACCUUUAUUAAUAGCAAAGGUAUAGAAGGUCAUGAUAAAUUUUUAUACCCAAUUAGAGUGAAUAUAAGCAUUUCUACUCUCUGCAGUGUCCUAUUUUCAAAUAGUAAGCAGGAUGAAGGUUAAUAAAUAAGGAUUUUUUUUCAUUCAGAAAGUAUAGAUACUUUUGAUAAAAUCCAAGAGCUAGAAUGGAGGCCAGAGAGGAAAAUCGACCCUAAGCGCUAUAUGAAUGUUAUUGAUGAAGUAAAAAGAAUUUUGCCACCCCAAGUUUUUCAGCAGAGCUAUAAUAAAUUCCAAAGCGAUUUUAAAGCAAUUGUAAAGACAGCGAUCAACACACAAGAUAGGAAUGGGCAUACGCCUUUGCAUAUUGCUGCUUAUAGCGGUGACUGUAAUAUUGUUAAGGUCUUGAUUAAGAAAGGGGCAGAUAAAAGCUUGCUUGAUAUUGAUGGGAAGACAGCACUAUUCCUGUCAAGCACUAAGCUUGUGAUGAAAUAUUUAUCAUCUUUGGAGGAAACUGCUAUUCAAGGAAAUACCAAUGCGUUCAUGCACUUAAUCAGGUCAGGAUAUGAUGUUAAUAUCUCCAACACAGAAUUUCUAGUGAGCUCUGUGCACAAAGCAGUCUCUAAAGAAAAGCCAGUCCUAGAGGCUGUUCUGCAAUGCCAAGCAGAUCCAAACAUUCACGAGUGAAACAUGUAUACACCUUUGCAUUAUGCUUGCAUCGAAGGAAGUUUAGAAAAUGCUGAAACCCUCAUAAGCAACAACUAUGAUGUCAACGCUAUUUCUCAAAACUAUUAUACCCCUCUUCAUUUAGCUGCCAAGCAUGAUCAUCCUUCUUUGAUCAAUCUUCUGUUAGAAAGAGGAGCAAAAAUAAACGCGAAAGAUGAAAAUAAGCGAACGCCUCUGAUGAUUGCUGCUAAAUACGGGUCUCUUAGUAGCGUUAAAGCGCUGCUGAAUAAUGCUGAUUUAUAUGAAGUGGAUAUAAGAAAAUGAACUUGCCUUCAUUAUGCUUGCUUUCAUAAGCAAGUCAGAGUGGUUUCUGAGUUGGUGGCUGGUCCAGCACAAAUAGGACCUCGGGACCCCCACCCCCCCCCCCCCCCCCCCCACCCCCCCCCCCCCCCCACCCCCCCCCCACCCCCCACCCCCACCCCCACCCCCACCCCCCCCCCCCACCCCCACCCCACCCCCACCCCCCCCCACCCCCCACCCCCACCCCCACCCCCACCCCCACCCCCACCCCCACCCCCACCCCCACCCCCACCCCCACCCCAUAUACAUAGCUUUUUGUAGAAUAUUUAAUAGUUUUAAGCCUAAGUGAAGGAACUAAAGUUUUAUACUCUAAGCUAUAGCUCAUACCCCUUUAUAGAUCCCUUUAUCGAGCAAAGUGUACUUGACUAUUGAAAGACCAAAACAGACUCUCUCAAAGAGAUGAGCUCAAUCUCUAUAUCAGAAAGUUCUAAAAAGUGGCAUGCCAAAAAAUAGUGGCAAGUGUGAAAAAAGUUGGUAAGCAAAUACGAUUAGACUUAAGAUAAUUAAUUAUUCAUCUCUUUCGUUAAAUUGAUUUAAUAAAAUAAUAUCUACAUGUAGAUUUGACUAUGGAUUAUCUUUGGAUUUACAUAAGUCAAUAUUCUACUGGAGUUUUGAUUGAUAUGCUUACUGGAGUUAUAGCACUUGGAGAUCUAUGCAACCGUUUACUCAAGAAGUUCCUCCUUUGCAUUCUCAAUUUAAAAGUUCAGGUGCAAUUUCUUCCAUACUUGACUCUAUCUUUAUAAUCGCUUAAAUUGAAACAAAAUUCAAUUUUAUAAUAAAAAAUUUUAUAGAUAAAAAUCAUAAUUUUUAUGUAAAAAGUUUCGGUAUAAGUUAAAUGUUUCUUCUUAACUAAAAUUAAAAAUUUAGUUAUAUCUUGCUCUUUUUUAAAGAAAAGAACAUAAAGAGCUUUUUAUUUAAAUACAUUUAUUAUCUUUAAUUGCUAUAUUUUUAAAAAUUUAAUUUUAUUUUUAAAAAUUUUUCAACAAAAAAUAUAAUUUAUUGCAUUUAUUUCUUAUCAUGCAUAUGAUGUUAUUUGAAUUUAUUAUUUUAGAAACCAAAUAUACGUUUCAAAACGCAGAUUUUAGUGCGCCAAAUUAAUAAUUUAAAUUUUAUAUGAAAAUAGUGUGUAUAACUGCCAUAAGAAAUUAAGCCAAGGGAUUAUAUUUUUUAUUUUAAAUAAUUUUGAUAAAAAUUUAAUGCGAAUUCUUUACAAAAAUUGAAAAUUUACUUUAUUUCUUCUUUAUUUUAGCAAAAGAGUAUAAAUAGCCACUUAAUUAAACAAAAUUAACACUUUGAUCGAUAAAUUUUCUAGAAAUUUAUUAAUCUAAUUCGACACAUUUUUUAAUUUUUUUAUAAGAAUUUUAUAUUGAUUUUGUUUAUAUAAAUUUUAUAUUGAUUUGUUUUAUAAAAAUUUUCUUAAACCCUUCUUUUAAAUUGGAACAAAUAUUUGGUCCAAUUUAAAGGGAGGGAGUUAAAUCAAAAUCCUACUGGAGUUUUUGCACGAUAUGCUUACUGGAGUUAUAACGCUUGGAGAUCUAUACAACCGUUUACUCGGGAAGUUCCCCCUUUGCAUUUUCACUUUUGACAAUUUAUUUCAUAAUGGACUCCAUCUUUAUAAUCACUUAAGUCAGGAUCCUACUCGAGUUUUUGAUUGAUAUGCUUACUGGGGUUAUAGCACUUGAAGAUCUAUACAACCGUUUACUCGGGAAGUUCCCCACUUGCAUUUUUAAACUCAUUUCUAUAAAUUUUAUCUCAAGCACUUUUUACAUAAACAAAUAACCAAAAAUAUUAAAUCUAUUAAAAUUUAUAUGUAGCAUUUAUUAUUAUAAUUAUCAUUAAUUAAGGCCUGAAAAAUAAGAUUUUUAAUUAUUAAUCAAUUCCAGUCUAAUUGGGUAUGUUAAGUUUUAAAUUAUUUUAUUAAUAAAGCCAUUUUAAAAAUUUGCGUGUUUGCUACCAACUUUUUUCACACUUGCCACUAUUUUUUGGCAUGCCACUUUUUAGAACUUUCUGAUAUAGAGAUUGAGCUCAUCUCUUUGAGAGAGUCUGUUUUGGUCUUUCAAUAGUCAAGUACACUUUGCUCGAUAAAGGGAUCUAUAAAGGGGUAUGAGCUAUAGUUUAGAGUAUAAAACUUUAGUUCCUUCACUUAGGCUUAAACUAUUAAAUAUUCUACAAAAAGCUAUGUAUAUGGGGUGGGGGUGGGGGUCCCGAGGUCCGAUUUGUGCUAGACCAGGUGGCAUGGGAUAUUGACCAUGGGAAAUUAGUCCAAAUGAAAAAUACGCAAAAUAAGCUUGCAAUUGAGAUAACAUCUGAUGUUGCGACAAGGGACGCUUUUAACACCAUGUGAACAGCUGCUGCAACUGGAGAUCUUGAUAUGGCAAGAAGAUUGCUCAGAAGAGGUGAUGACCCUUUUAAGCCAUCAGCUCAUGACUAUGGCACUCCGCUUAUUUUCGCUGUCAAAGCUUUUGAGAAAUUCAGGCUAAAAAAAGAAAAGGAAAAUAGGCAAAUAAAAGAUGUCGGAAAGUUGGCUUUGCAAAAAAAUAAAAGCUCAAAAGAGAUUGAGGAUUUUAAGAGAAAGCAAAUUUUAAUGAUUAAAUUUUUAUUAGAUUUAGGAGCAAGAACUGAAGAGCAGGAUAGAUCGGGGAAGUCUGCUUUAGAUUAUACAAACGAUGAAAAAUUGAAAGAAGUACUCACAAGAGUUGCUGGCAUAGAAGGAAGCCAAACAAAUAAUGUCAUUAGAACUGAUAACUAUAAGGCUGGACCAACAGUUGGCGAUCAAGGAUAUGGUCAUAAUCUUACUUCAAAAUAUGACACACAAGAUAAAAAUCCUUUGAGACCUACCACAGGGCAAGAUUAUCAAGAUAAAAAUAUAAAGAAGCCAGUUUCCAUACUUGAAGAAAAAAGUUCUCUCAGUGUGCCUACAUAUGAACCCUAUAGCAAAAGUACUCCAAAACAAGAAGAGAAAUCAAAUUUUGAUAAAUUAACUAAAGCUGCACAUGAUGAGUAUGAUGAUGAUUUCGAAAAGGAGGAUGACAGUAAGCCAAAAACGCACCAUGCUCUCGCUGAUUCAUCACAAAAGUACCAAAGUGAUCUCCAUCACGCAAAAUCUCCGACCUAUGAAGAUCCUUCAAAAAGGAACGUUAGGCAAGAUAACUUUUCAUCAUCUUCUACGAACUCUUACCAAGACCCUUUUUCUAGGGCAAGGAAUACUACAAAUGAAACUCCUACAACUGGAAAUAAAUCAGAAUUCCCUUCCUUUAAGAAAUCUAUCUUGACAGAUAAAGAUAGUGACUUUUAA